UUUUAACUUGAUAGGUUUAGUGUUCAAAGUUCAAGAUUAAUCUUAGUUAUUAUUUACAGGGAUCACAUUUGGUCCAGAAAGUGUUUACAUAUUUAGGUGCAACUGAUCUGUAAAGGUUUUUUUAAUUAUUAUUAUUAUGAACACACUAUACAUGGUCUGACACUCAGAGAUCCAAUGGAGUCAUGGAAGAACAUGAGCUGCCUGUGCUUUUGGUAAAUGAGGUGGGAGGAAUAUGCGGUGUCCUGGAAGCGCAUGUGGACUUCCUGAAGACACAUUUUCAACUCAUCACCAUGAGAGAAUUUCUUGAAAACAAAAAUAUUCUUAGUAAAAAGGUCCAAGCCAUUUAUUUGUGGUGGCACAAACCAGUCAUUGAUCCUGAACUUCUCCAGAGCCUGCCCAACUUAAAGGUGAUUGCAAAUUCAGGAGUAGGAAUGGAUCACUUAGAUCUGAAACUUAUAUCUGGCUGUGGAAUAAAAAUGGCUAAUUGUCCACAUGCUGUUUCAAGCAGCACAGCAGACACUGGAAUGGCUUUGUUGCUGGCAUCUGCUAGAAGACUAAUGGAAGGCUGUCAAAUUGCUGUUUCCUUAGACACUGAGUGUUUUGCUCCUGACUGGCUGGGAGAGGAAGUCACUGGGGCUACCCUUGGGAUCAUUGGGAUGGGAAACGUUGGGUAUAAGAUUGCUUUGAGGGCCAAAGCUUUUGAAAUGAAAAUCCUGUACCACAACAGAAAGCAGAGAAAAGAGGAAGAGGAACAGGCCAUUGGUGCCAUUUAUUGUAAAAAGAUAGAAGACUUGCUCCAGCAGUCAGACUUUGUCAUGUUGGCUGUGAGCCUGACACCUCAGACACACAAACUGAUUGGGAAAAGGGAACUGGAGCUAAUGAAACCCACUGCUAUUCUCAUUAACAUUUCCAGAGGUCUAGUAGUGGACCAAGAGGCACUGCUGGAAGCUCUUCAUACCGGUAUUAUUAAGGCGGCAGCUUUAGAUGUCACCUACCCUGAACCACUGCCCAGAGAUCAUCCAUUAUUAAAAUUAAAGAACAUCAUCAUAACUCCUCACCUUGGCAUUAAAACACACAAGACCACUCGCAUGAUAACAGAGGAAGUAGUUGCAAAUAUACUGGCAGCUCUCAAUGGUCUUCCAAUGCCCAGCGAAGUGCUUCCUGAUUGACAUAUAUAAAAGGAUGUCACAACUAUAAAAUAGUAUUAUUCUGUAACUGUUGGAAUUAAAUCUUGUUACUAGAAAUAUGUGAAACUCUUCCUUUUACUUGAAUUCAAAGCCAGUUGUGAUUUUUAGGUUGUACGCAUACAUACAGCUGUGAAUGAGUUGUAUAUGUUACUGUUGCAGGUGGAUAAAAACAUUAAAUAGAUCUGUGACCGCAGUCUGCUGAUGAUGAUUGCUAGUGUAUAUGCAGUACAAAAUAAAUAUGUUCUCAGGAAAGUUAAA